GAGGUCAUCGCUGCGCGCCGCCGCCGCGGGCAGAGCCGCCGCCGCGCUGACGUCAUCGCCGCCCGACCGCUUUCCGGAAGACGGAGUGGCAGGCUAGCGAGUAGAUCAGAAUGGCAGAAGAAGAAAUUAAUGAAGACUAUCCAGCAGAAAUCCAUGAGUAUUUGUCAGCAUUUGAGAAUUCCAUCGGGGCCGUAGAUGACAUGCUGAAGACUAUGAUGUCUGUUUCUAGAAAUGAGUUGUUGCAGAAGUUGGACCCUCUUGAACAAGCAAAAGUGGAUUUAGUUUCUGCUUACACAUUAAAUUCAAUGUUUUGGGUUUAUUUGUCAACUCAGGGAGUUAAUCCUAAGGAACACCCAGUAAAGCAAGAAUUGGAAAGAAUCAGAGUAUACAUGAACAGAGUCAAGGAAAUAACUGACAAGAAGAAGGCUGCCAAGCUGGACAAAGGUGCAGCGUCAAGAUUUGUGAAAAAUGCCCUCUGGGAACCAAAACCUAAAAAUGCAUCCAAAGUUGCCAGUAAAGGGAAAAGCAAAAAAUAACCUUCUGGUUUUGAUGUACACAUGUUCAAAAAGUACAUUAUUUUUAUUGUGUAACACAAAAUAGAUGGUGAUUAUGUGGCAAUGCAAGGUUUUAAGGUAUUCCUUAUUGAAUUCAUAUAUAAAAUUUACAUUUGAAUUUGUAAUGCUAAAUACAUUUCCCCCCAGAAAGAUGAAGUUAUCUUUAUUGAUUUUCCUAUAGCACACUGUGAGGUUUUUAAUCUUGUGGUAUAUUUUAUAUUUAUAGUUUACCAUCUCUCUUGACAGGGCUCUUGUUUCCUUAUAUAGGUCAAUCUUUCAAGUACUAUCAAUAUUUUAUAAGCAACUAUGAAAUGUAAGUUAAAUGUUCUUUGUAAACAAAUGCCUAUUUUAAAUGAAUAAUGACUUUAUGAAGUAUGCUUUCUGAAGCCUGAAGUUAUAAAUACAUCUGUUUUCACUAUACACAAGAAAAAGUGAAAUGACUUAAAUGUGUGUUAUUUCAUCAUGUUUUCAUGAUUUGGGGAAUUGCUUCUUUUGAUAUUUGAAGUGUGAAUUUAAGACUUUAAGGUUAUACUUUAACUUUUGGCACGCUGCCUAUAUGUCCCAUUUGAAGUAAAAUAUAUUCUCAUUAAUUGUGGAUGGGAAAUGAAGUUAUAAUUGAUGGCUGAAUUUGGGCAUAAUGGCUACAUCCUGUCAAUAAAGGAUGUAAGUGUUGUGUAGCCGACCCGUUUAUUCUUCUCUUUUUGAGUAAACUUGCCCUUGAAAGUGGGAAAAUAAAUUUUAGAAAUCAUUAGGAAUAAAGAGAUUCAUGAGUUUUGUUCCUGAUGUAUAGUGCCCACAGUUCUGUCGGUCUCACUUUUCAUGUUUGAUUACAUGAGUUUGAGGCCAUGACAAGUACAUAAAAGCAUUUUGGAACAACUUUCUAUGUUAACUUCCACUUACGCAGAGGAGAAAGCUAAAAUUACAUUUUAUUGUGUUUAUAUUCUGAUUUAUUUUGUUGAAAUAUUUGUUAUAGAUAACUCUAAUAUUAAAAUUAUUUUUAUGGCUAAGCCUAUGAAUUUUAAUUAUAUUCCCUUAAUGUUUUCAGUCUUUGAAUCCACAUCAUGUGUAGGAAUGCCAAAUACAGUAAAGUACUUUAAUUUGUGAAAAAGAA